UGCCUCUCCCAUGAUGCACCGGUGACGUCACGAGCCUCAGGGACGUGGCAAAGGCUGACGCGAAAUCUCCUAUUUUUUGGUGUUUUUUCCCGAUUGAAGACUUAUUUCUUGACUGACCAUGGGACUUACGCUCUCGACGGUGUUCUCUCGCCUCUUUGGCAAGAAACAGAUGCGGAUUUUGAUGGUUGGUCUUGAUGCUGCUGGUAAAACCACCAUCUUGUACAAGCUUAAAUUAGGAGAGAUUGUCACCACCAUCCCCACAAUCGGUUUCAACGUCGAAACGGUCGAGUACAAGAACAUCAGUUUCACAGUGUGGGACGUCGGCGGUCAGGACAAGAUCCGACCCUUGUGGAGACAUUAUUUCCAGAAUACUCAGGGCCUCAUCUUCGUGGUGGACAGCAACGACAAGGAGAGAAUCACAGAGGCUUCGGACGAGCUGGCAAAAAUGUUGCGUGAAGAUGAACUGCGAGAUGCAGUUUUACUAGUGUUUGCCAACAAACAAGAUUUGCCUAAUGCCAUGACUGCUGCAGAGCUCACCGAUCGCCUAGGUCUUAACCAGUUGCGCAACAGGAGGUGGUAUAUCCAAGCAACUUGUGCAGUUCAAGGACAGGGUUUGUAUGAAGGUCUGGACUGGCUAUCCAAUGAAUUGUCCAAGAAGUAAUGUGUAUCGAUGUAUGUCUGUAUAUUUUAUUUGAUCUUUUUAUAUUACAGCUAGCUGCAUAUUGCAAAAUCUCAUGUAUAAGGUCUAUUACUAAAUUUUCAGUUUCUUUUUUUUUUUU